AUGUCUUACGUUCUCCCUGGACCGCCAACGGUCUUCAAUGGCACCAACGAAGAGCUUGGUGGUGAUUCCACUACCGAAAACCUCAACCAAUGGUACCAAUCCGGUGACCAGGCUUUCAUCAUCAUCUCAGCCUGUCUCGUCCUUCUCAUGGUCCCCGGUAUCGCCUUUCUCUACUCCGGUCUUGCUCGAAGAAAAUCAGCUCUCUCCAUGCUCUGGGUCGUCAUGAUGUCCUUCUCCGUCAUCGUCUUCCAGUGGUACUUCUGGGGUUUCUCCCUCGCCUUCUCUACAACCUCCAACAACCCUUUCAUCGGCGACCUUAAGCACUUCGGUCUCAUGAAGGUCUGGGGCGCUCCCUCGGUCGGAUCUCCUCUCGUCCCUGCUCUGCUCUACUCUUUCUACCAAAUGAUGUUCUGCGCUGUCACUGGUGCUCUUACAGUCGGUGCUGUUGCUGAGCGAGGUCGUGUUAUUCCCAGCAUGGUCUUCAUCUUUUUCUGGGCAACUCUCGUCUACUGCCCUCUUGCCUACUGGGUCUGGAACCCCAACGGCUGGGGUUUCACCCACGGUGUUCUCGACUACGCUGGUGGUGUUCCUGUCGAGAUUGGCUCCGGUAUGUCCGCUCUUGCCUACUCCUGGGUUCUCGGCCGACGUAACGAGAAGAUGAUGAUGAACUUCCGCCCUCACAACAUCUCUCUCAUCACCCUUGGUACCAUGUUCCUCUGGUUCGGCUGGCUCGGUUUCAACGGUGGUUCUUCCUUCGGUGCCAACCUCCGUGCGGUCAUGGCUUGCUGGAACUCUUGCCUCACUGCCAUGUUUGCUGCUAUGACUUGGUGCAUUCUCGAUUUCCGUCUGGCUCGCAAGUGGUCCAUGGUUGGCUGGUGCUCCGGUACCAUCUCCGGUCUUGUCGCUGCUACUCCUGCUUCUGGUUUCAUCGACCCCUGGGCCAGCAUCAUCCUUGGUGUUGUCGCUGGUGUCGCUUGUAACUUUGCCACUAAGAUCAAGUUCCUCAUCCGAAUUGACGAUUCUCUCGAUGUCUUCGCUGAGCACGGUGUCGGCGGUAUUGUCGGCCUCAUCUUCAACGCCUUCUUCGCCCGCGGUUCCAUCAUCGGCCUUGACGGUGUUAACACUGGUGUUAUGGGUGGCUUCAUGGAUGGCAACUAUGUCAUUAUCGGCUGGCAAAUCGCCGCCAUUGUCGGGGCUUCCUCCUACGCUUUCGUCAUGUCUGCUAUCAUCGCCAAGAUCAUCGACUUCAUCCCUGGUCUGAAGCUUCGUGCUUCAGAGGAGGCUGAGCUUCUUGGUAUGGACGACGACCAGCAUGGCGAGUUCUCUUACGAUUACGUCGAGGUCCGCCGAGAUUUCCUUGCUUGGAGUCCUCACCGUGGCGAUCCCGCCCAGGAUGGUGAUGUUCUUGAGCCUACCCACGGCAUCCAGGAGCAUCAGUCCAUGAUGAAUCCCAGCGAGUCUGACGACGCUCGCAAAACCCCUUCUCUCAACACACCCGAUGUCAUUGCACCUCAUGCGGUGAUUGACGAGAAGCAUGCUUAA